AGAGCUCUCUGCAAUUGCAGUGUCGGAAAAGAAAAGAUUCAUUGCCCAUUGGAACCAGAAUAUAGAUUUUGGUUCCUGAUUAGACAAAGGGUAUUGGGAAUAAUAAUUCUUUAAUUUACGAUCAGAUUAAAUUUAAUGGAGUCGGACAAAAAAAAAACAUUUUUGGACAAAUAAUUAUAAGGCAACAUUUGUAAGUAGUAGUGUGUCAGACACCCGCGCAAAUACACUCAUGGCUGCUGCUGCUCCAUUCCUCCCUUCUCGGAUCUCUCUGUUUUUUCGAUCCAUAGGAGGUACCCUCUUCUUCUCUUUCUCCCUCUCACUCGCCCUUUCUCCUCGUUCUUACCCAUUUCCGAGAAAAAGGAAGAAAUUCAUGCAGGGGAAAAUGUGGUGUUGGAUUCGCGAAGAUUCUGUUUAUGUAGAUAUUGUUUAUCGUUAGGGUUUGAUUUGGGAUGUUUUUGAACUCAAAAGCUAUGGCGUUUGGUAUAGCGGUAGUGUGAGGCGGAGAAAUUAGGUUUAAUUAGUUAUGUUUAAGAUAAUAAAACGGAAAAAGGGGAAAUCCGAUGCGGGAGAGACGCCACUGCCGUCCGCCCCGGGGGCGCCGGACGUGACGGUUAAUCAUGCGUCGCGCAUAGCUGAUGCGGCGGGGCAUCACGCUGCACGCGUGUCUGAGGUGCCGCAGCUGGUGUGUUUGGCGAACGCGCCGGCGGAUCCAAGCGUGGUGGAGGUCCUGCCGUUGUUGAAGGAUGUUCCGGCGUCUGGAUGCCAUAUUUUGUUCGUCCGGAAGCUCCAGAUUUGCUGCGUCCAUUUCGAUUUCACAGACGUGAUGAAGUACGCCAGGGAGAAGGAGAUCAAGCGGCAGACUGUGACGGAGCUGAUCGAUAUAGUUCACACCGGGUCGUGUAAAAUGAAUGAGCAAAUGCAGGAAGACUUGAUCAAGAUGAUAUCAAUCAACAUUUUCAGGAGCCUUCCCCCUGCGUCGUAUGAGUGUACUGGCGGCCAGAGUGGUGAUCCUGAGGAGGACGACUUGUUCUUGGACCCGGGAUGGGCGCAUAUGCAGCUCGUGUAUGAGUUGCUUUUGAGAUAUGUGUUGUCUUCUGACAUGGACACCAGGGCUGCUAAGAAAUAUCUUGACCACGCGUUUCUGCUGAAAUUCCUUGAUUUGUUUGAAACCGAGGAUCUAAGGGAACGAGAGUAUUUGAAGACUAUUCUUCACUGUAUAUAUGGGAAGUUCAUGGUUCAUCGUCCAUUUAUAAGGAAGGCGAUAAACAACAUCUUCUACAGGUUCAUAUUUGAAACCGAAAGGCAUAAUGGGAUUGGGGAGCUGCUGGAGAUUAUUGGGAGUAUAAUAAAUGGCCUCGCGUUGCCAAUGAGAGAAGAGCAUAAGUUGUUCCUUGUUCGAGCGCUUAUUCCUCUCCACAAGGCCAAAUGCGUGACUGACUAUCAUCAUCAUUUGUCAUACUGCACUUCACUGUUUGUCGAGAAAGACUAUAGAUUUUCAUGUGCUGUCAUCAAGGGUCUGCUCAAGUACUGGCCUGUGUCAAAUUGUGGAAAGGAAGUUCUCUUUCUUGGCGAACUGGAAGAAAUCUUGGAGGGCACACAUCCUGCUGAGUUUCAGCGCUGCAUGGUUCCUCUUUUUAAACAAAUCGGACGAAGCCUCAAUAGCCCCAAUUUCCAGGUUGCAGAACGCGCUCUUUUCUUAUGGAACAAUGAACACAUAGUGGAAUUAAUUGCCCUGCAUCGACAUGUUAUUUUGCCCAUCAUCUUCCAACCCUUGGAAAGGAACAUGCAGGAUCAUUGGAACCAGGCAGUUCACGGGCUGACUUCCAAUGUCCAAAGAAUGUUCCAGGAGAUGGACACUGAGCUGUUCGAGGAGUGUCAAAGGAAGUACGAGGAGCAAGAAGCCAGCGCAGCAGACGUGGCAGAGCAGCGCAAGAAAGCAUGGAAGAGAAUAGAGUCUGCUGCAAAAGCGAGGGGUAAAGCGAGGGGUUAAGACAGGUAUCACAUCAUCCUUGCAUAGGAGUUUUGCACUUUUGCUGGUACCUCUACUGAACCAGAUUGCUCAAAAGUUUCUGCUUUCUUAAUUCAGCAAGCAGGAGGUAUGGAUAUUGUUUGAUCAUUUAAUUUACCAUUCUUUCUAAACAAAAUUCAAGAAUUUUUUGCUGCUAUUGUUUCUUUCUUUCAAGAUUCAUUAUUCUUUAACACUUGUGAACAUCAAUAAUGACAGUGCUGGCUGUAAUUUAUGAUCAACCACCCAGUUUUCUCAAAAGAGAAAAGAGAUCCAGUCCUAGUUUUUACUUC